CUCUCGUUGUGUACUUGUAGUUUGGCGACCCUUGAUUAGGGGUUCUGAGGAGCAGUACGAGUAGGGGAGAGUAUUCGAAGGCUCCAGAGCAGCAGGGAAAGUCACACGUAGCAGAGCCUUUCGUCCAAAGCCUGGAAGUGUUUGCAAAAGCCUCUUGGAACCAUGGCCACUUCUCCCUGCAGCAGCAGUGGGGUCUCCUCCUCAUCCUCCUCAGGCUUCAGCAUUGAUACGGGAUUGGAAAUCAAGACUAAAUCUGUGGAGCAGACCCUCGUCCCUUUGGUGUCUCAGAUAACAACACUGAUUAACCAUAAAGAGAAAUCAAAGAAAUCAGAGAAGACUUUGCAGGCAAUACAAAGGGUAGGCCAGGCUGUUAAUCAAGCUGUGGGACGGUUUGUGGCUGUGGGAGAAACGAUUGCCAAUGAAAACCGUGAGCUAAAAGAAGAAAUGAGCUUUGCUUGCAGUGAGGCUAGACGAGCUGGGGAGACUAUUGCACAAUUGACAGACAUGAACAUCGGAGAACAUCCAGAACCAGAUGGAUGUACUACCAUUUUCACUGAUAAGACAGGGGUUGUAAAAGCUGCCAGACUUUUGCUUUCUUCCGUUACCAAAGUGCUGGUUUUAGCUGAUAGGAUUGUUGUUAAGCAAAUUAUCACUUCCAGAAACAAGGUUCUUACAACAAUGGAGCACCUGGAGAAAGUGAGCAGCUUCCAGGAGUUUGUACAGAUAUUUAGUCAGUUCGGCAAUGAAAUGGUGGAAUUCGCCCAUCUAACAGGAGACAGACAAAAUGACUUAAAGAAUGAGAAGAAGAAGGCAAGUAUGGCAGCAGCAAGAGCAGUACUUGAAAAAUGCACUAUGAUGUUGUUAACAGCAUCUAAGACUUGCCUACGGCAUCCUGAUUGUGAAUCUGCCCGUAUUAAUAAAGAAGGUGUCUUCCAAAGGAUGCGGCUCGCAUUGGAGCAAGUUAUAGAAAUUGUAACUGAUUCUCGGCCAAACAGGGAACGUGAAAUGGCUCCAAUCAGUAUCUAUACUGGAAUCAAAGAAUUCAAGAACAAAAUUGAGGGACUUCGAGACAACCUGUAUUAUCUCUCCAAGGAAAAUGUCUCCACUAUGUUAGAAGUCAUUUUGGAGCAUACAGAAGACUUCACAGACUCUGCUUACACCAGCCAUGAGAACAGAGAGCGCAUUCUCGAACUCUCUAACCAGGCCAAGAUGGAAUUAGAACAGUUCGUUGCAGUGUGGAUGCAAGCUCAAACACAAAAAACAAAGGAUAUUAUGGAAGAUUUGGAACUGGCUAUACUGAGAAUGUGUCAGUGCAUUAGGGAACUGAAACGAGAACUUCACAAUGCAGCUACAGUCCUGGCAGCAGACCUGCUAAAAUACCACACAGACCACAUGGUCCUGAAAGCUCUAAAGAUUGCUGGUACAGAAGGAAACUUGGAGGCAGUGGCGCAAUAUACCUGCAAGCUAACAGAACAGAAGGAACAACUUGUCGAAACAUGCCGGCUGUUGAGACAUGUUUCAGGCACAGAACCCCUGGAAAUCACUUGCAUUCAUGCAGAAGACACCUUUCAUGUGACUGGCCCACAGAUUGUGUCAGCAGCAGAAACUUUAGCUCUUCACCCGACCAGUAAAAUAGCGAAAGAAAACCUGGAUGUGUUUUGUGAAGCCUGGGAGUCCCAACUUAGUGACAUGUCCAUUUUGCUUCGGGAAAUUAAUGAUGUGUUUGAAGGAAGACGAGGAGAAAAGCGUGGCUAUCUUUCACUUCCAAGACCAGGGAAACAUAAUUCAAAUCUGAAAACAUUAAAGCCAGUGAAGCUUGAUGCUGAGGAACAAGGGAAAAUUGCCAAGUUGGGACUAGAACUGCGCUUGCUUAGUUCAGAUGUGGAUUCUGAUGCAGAAAAAUGGGAUGAUCAAGAGAAUGAAGUGGUCAGAAAUGGACAAAGUAUGUCCAGUAUGGCCUACACCAUGUACCUUUUUACCAGGGGUGAAGGAUUGCUGAAGACCACACAAGAUUUAUUCCACCAAGCAGAGGUGUUCGCUACAGCCGGAUUAAAGUUUUCCUCUGUUCUCCAUGCAUUUUCAAACCAGCUUGAAGAUGAUGAUAAACCUUUGCUCCUGCUGGAAAUAGAGAAGCUUAUCCCGCUGAGCCAGCAGCUACAGAUAACAGCCAAGACACCCGUACAGGGAAAGACUGCCACUUUCACCAAGGUAGACACGUGUAUUCAGAAGACAAAGGCUGUCAUGAUUAUACUAUCACAAGUCCUUCCAAUCUGCUGGAAGUUACAGAGGAAGUGCAAAAUGGGAAACGGAUGUUUCCAAACUUCCCCAUCUUGGAGGGAAAACCAUCUCCAAAAUGUGACAAACGAAGACGGCAUGGAGGGCAAAACCGUAGAAGCAUUUGGAGUAAAAUCAUUAGAGCACCAUGUAGCUAAUCUGACAUUUCUAGAGAGCAAGUAGUCAUUUCUAUUUUAACAGAAGGUUUAGUAAAAAGGAUAGUGGAAGCAAACCAACAUUAUUCUGUGAUCAGCCAGUUUUUUCUGUUUCUGUUAUUGGUACCACAGUAACCACUGAGAAUCCGAAUGUUUGUUCCAAUCAGCUCAUUACCAACACUAUAUGGCUAUCAUUAUGUUAUAAAUGUCUUAAUGGAAACCAUAACCCAAAGAUGCUGCUAUUGUUUGUGUAAUUGUGAUAUGUAGAAACAACAAACACAAACGUUGUAUGAAAUUGCUGUUACAUGAGCUGCUGUCAACAUUUCUUAUACUAGCUGGUUUGUUUUAUCAAUUGUAAUGUAUUUGUUUACCUGUAUCAGGCUGAUGCUUCAUGGUCUAAAAGCACUGGUUAACUUAGGGCUGAACUACAUGGCACAUGGAGGAGCGAUCCGUCGACAGGUGAUGGCACACAGGCCACAUGUCAGACGUCCAGGAUAUGAUGGGACUGAUCGGAAAUCACAGGUACAAGCUACAUGUAUCCGACUGUCGGAUGAAGACGCAGCUUGUAGCGUUCACAUCCGACAGUCUGGUGCAUGUAGCUUGUACCUGCGAUUUCCAAUCAGUCCCAUCAUAUCCUGGAUGUCAGACACGUCGCAUGCAUGUCAUCACCUGCCGUCCGAUUGUUCCUUCACGCUCCAUGUAGUUCAGCCCUUACUCCCUUACAGGCUAGUGCAGCUUCUAUAUUUACAGCACACUUCAUUCACAAAUUACUCUGCUGCCACCUGUCCAUUUUGAACGAGUGUUUUAUUCAAAAAGUUUGCUGCUGGAAUCUUUACAUUUAUCGAAGAAGAAAACUAUUUUCUCGUUUGGUUAUGUCUAAAAAACAAAAUAAAAAUUUCUAGAAAAAAGAAAAGCAAAACAAAAGGUUGUGGGUCCCUUGUGAGAACAUUGCUGCGGGGAUAUGAUGAAUUUCUAUCUCUUGGGAUGCUCUUCCUUUUUUCAGAUUUGUCUCAAGUUUAUUUGUGAGACUUGAGAAGGAUGUAAAGAAGUAAAACACUCAAGUGUAUCUUUUCCUCCGAAUGUAAACCAUAUUUAAGUUUCAUGAAAAUGUAGUUUUUUACAUUAACAUUUACAAUGUAAGAUUCUAUUUUUAAAAUAAAAUUCUAAUGAAUCUU